GGGAGCUUCAAGAGUUGCGCGACGGCGCUGUGCGGGUUGCUCGCAUACGACGCGUUUUGGGUCUUCAAAUCAGAAGAGGUGGUUGGAAAAAACGUGAUGAUGAGCGUGGCGACGAACCAGUCGUUCAACGGUCCCUUUAGAUUAUUAUUUCCUAGAUUUGACGACGUCUUGAAUCCGCUGCCGCUGGACGCUUUCGAGUUUUCGCUGUUGGGCUUGGGCGACGUCGCCAUUCCCGGGUUGUUGGUCGCUCUCAUGCUGCGUUACGACGCCUCGCGCGCGACAGACUUGCGCGGACGCGCAAACGCCGCGGCGGACGCCGCCUCGUUGUCUGCAUACUUGAUCGGUUUGCUCGUCGCGAUUUCCGCGAAUUUGCUCACCGGCGAGGGCCAACCCGCGCUCGUCUACCUGGUGCCCGUGACGUUGGGCGUCGUCGCGUACACCGCGAUCAACCGCGGCGAGUCUGAUCGUAUCAUAGAAUUC